CUAAAUCAAAGCUCUCCCUGCGCGUUCGUGUAAUUCUCUCCUAGAGCGGACGAUUUGCGGUAUCCCGGCGACACCCGCAUGAGCGAGUGGUGGGCCAUGUUUUGCUGCUGUGGCACCGACGAUGAGGAGAUUGUGCUCGCUGAGGUGCCAUCAUCUCAUGUGUUGGAUCCCACUGACACGCAAGGCCGCUUUCGCGUGAGCCUGGACUUGAACGCGUCGUCGCCGCAACUGGGCAUUGAAGUGGACAACACCGACCUACGAGGCUCCAUGAUCCUCCACAUCAGCGAGGAUGGCCUCGUUCAACGGCACAACGAGCUGAAUCCACAGCAUGCCAUCUCCGUGUAUGACCGGAUUGUCUCCCUCAACGGAGAGGCCACGCCGAUCACCGAGCUCCACCGCUUGCGCUUGUCUUCCGGACAGAUCGGCCAAAGCUUGGUGCUGGUGCUCUCCAGGCCCAAGCUGUUGCCACUGAGCCUCACCAAGGACGGUUCACUUGGCUUGCAGAUGAAGUACACGGUGAAGUCCGCCGGUAUCAUCAUCGACGCGGUGCUGCCUUCGGGUCUCAUCGAAGAAUGGAACGCGUCCCAUGAGCUGUCGGAGCGUGUGAUGGCCGGCGAUCGGAUCAUCGCACUGGACGGGCAACAGAUGCCAGGGCGAAAGAUGGUGGAUGAGCUGAAGAUGCGGAUGGGGACGCCCUUGGAGCUCACGAUCCUGCACUACUCGGACAUCGAGCGCACCAGCUGAGCUGACGCAUCCGCGCGCAGACCGGGGUGAAGCUACUGAAGAGAAGGAUGGUCCAGUGAGUUCGGACAAACGUGUUUUUCUUGAUAGUCUCAGCCUGCAUCACCUUCAGAUGAUCAAAGC